AUGGCAGCACUCUCGAUGGUGCAGAGAUACUAUGUUCCCGUCAGGAAAGGAAAUGAGAGAAAAAUAGUACCCAAGCAAUCCCGCUGUCAAUACUUCUCACAUACAAAUAGGAACACUCACCGUGUUGUGGCUAGACCGAGUCAAGCUAGGUCUAGAGGUUGGCGGUUCGGCCAGCAACUAGGCUGUAGCCGAGGAAGGAGAGAUGGAAGGGGCUUCCCGCGGCUGGCUCCCGAAAAGACCUUAGUGCCUGGCCAGGGCUCAGGCAGACCAAGAGGAGUUUGUGGAGGUGGAGGAUAUGGUGGAGAUGGUGGUAACUAUGGUGGUGGUGGUGGUGGUAACUAUGGUGGUGGCGGUGGUUAUGGUGGAGGUGGAGGUAGCUAUGGUGGUGGAGGUGGUUAUGGGGGCAGUGGCGGGCCUGGCGGCAGUGGUGCUGGCAGCUAUGGUGAGGUUGGUGUGGCAGGAGGUGGUGGUGGCGCUCCUGACAAUUAUGCUAGUGGCAGCAGCAGCUUUGGUGGAAUUGAUAGUUUGGGCUAUGGUGGCUCAGCUGGAGGAAGCUACGGUAGCCAGAAUGUGGACGAGGAUGGCGACAAUGUUUCACGUGCAAGCUCUGAUGAGGAUGAUGAUGGUGAGCCAUUGGAAGGGAAUGACAGAGACGAUGACAAUGAGCCCGAUGACUUCACUGACAAGCGAAGUGCAUGACAUCCACCAAAAACAGCCGAGAUUAUCUUCGAUAGUUCAGAUCCCGCACGAGGUCGCAUAGUAAGAGUCCUGAUCUAAGGAAUGUUUUCAACGAAUAACGAUCCUUUUCUCCUUUGCUGCUGUUAAUUCUCUGCUGUUUAAGAAUAUCAAAGUGAACAGACAUUUUUCCUACAUUUAUUAUAAAAAGUUUCAUCCUGUUUGUCUUUGAA